AUGCAAGUUGAUCGUGAUUCAGUGACUAAAAUAUCCUUUCUCCUGAAUACAGCUGAAGAAGCAGGACUUCAACAACAACAAAUAGAAAGUCCUACACCCAAUGAAUCCACGACAGAUGAAUCAAGUACACCACUGAUCCCAGAAUCUACCCCUUCAGCUGAUGGAACAGUUCCAAUGCCCAAUACAAGUAGAUUUCAAUCUCAUCAAGAGGCAAACUCAUAUUAUCCAUACAUUUACACACAACCGAAGUCCAGGAAUGCCACACCUUUUGAAGCUAUUCAAAUGGAAGUGAGACAACUAGCUACGAAAGUUGAUGAGGAUCCACCUGUUAGAGUUUUCCAUGCAAAAUCUAAGCUUUUCUAUAAUUUAAGAGACGAAUCUGUUCCUGAGUUUCUGGUAGCAAAGAAAAACCUUCCCGAUCCUAUUACCUUCUAUGAAGCUGUAAGAGAUCUUGGUGAAAUAUACGGAUGUAUUAAACUGAAGAUUGCUGAUGAUGAGUCUCCACAUCUAGUGAAACCUAAUAGUCCCUUGGAAUGGAAUUUGGACCAAGUUUAUUUUAAAACUAGAAAACAAUAUCUAAAUUCCCUGGAGAUAGAGGAUUUACGUUCUUUACAAUUUUAUUCGAGAUUAUAUCACUUUUAUGAAUUGAAGAAUUUGACGUUUGCUAAGAUCCCAAGUAUUGACAAAAGAUAUUUGGAUAUAUACAAGUUAUGGAACUGUGUUCAAAUAAGAGGCGGUUUUGAUGCCGUCUGUCUGAAGAAACUUUGGGCUCAAAUUGGCAGAGAAUUGGGCUACUUUGGAAGAAUUAUGAGCUCCUUAUCGACUUCCUUGAGGUCUGCUUAUAUAAAGAUAUUACUGGAUUUUGAUAAAUACGAAGAAUCAAAAGCACAAACAAAUGACAAUGCUGAUGAAGAAAGUUCAAUAACAUUAGUGGACAACAGUCAAUUAGAACCCACAGAACUGAAUUCUAAUAAGAGACCUAAUCAAUCUCAGAGUGGUAAUGAAAACCCAACUUUGAAACGAACUAAAAUGAAUAACCAAUCCUUAGAGGGCGCUUUUAGAAUAUAUGCGUCAGAGAGAAACUUUGACAGGAUACGAGACAUUAAGAUCUCAAAAUAUCUGCCAACUCAUACAAAUAUAACCGAGAAUUCAGAUAUUUCAGAACAUAGUAGCUUGUCUUUUUGGCAUAACGGAAUUGAAGCUUAUGAUAAGAGCCCAGCAGAGAAGAUGAGUUCCCCAAUUUAUAAUCUAAGACAGUAUUAUGAAAAGAGCCAGAUUUUACUGAAUAAUAUUAAAAGCAAAUACAGCUCAAAAUUUCCUAAUGUUCUGUCUACACAAACGAAAGUUAUGCAGGAUGAUUUUGAGAGUUUACUUUUGCAUAUCUUAAGAGAUCCAACAUCUAAUAUUGAAUUAAACACUGCGUUAGAUCUUCCAUCGACAAUUUAUCCUGCUGAGACUAAAUUUAAAUUGAAUAUACAGGAAUACAAUAAUCCUUGGAGGCUAGAAAACAUUCCCCUAUCGGAAGACUCUCUUUUAAGGUAUCUGGAUCUUGACUUGGGUUGUAAUACAAGAACCAAAUUUGAUAUUGGUAUGUUUCUUUCAGUGGCAGGUUGGUCAGUUACAGAUAAUUUCUUACCCUCAAUUGAUUACCAUCACAUGGGGUCAUCAAAGCUAUGGUACGUUGUUUCUCCGAAGGAUCUAGAAAAGUUGGAAGCUUUAAUGAAAAAUGUUGAUACUGAAAUAGAAAAGACUCAAACACAAAUGCUAGCUUCGAUAUCGUUAAAUGACAAUUUCAAGGAAUCUGAAUUUUUUAUUGCAUAUGAUAUGACAAAGCAAACCAAUUUUUCCAUCCAGACUUCGGCUGAUUUCAGAAAAGAUUUAUCUUUAACCAAGGAGAAUAAUUUUGAACAACCUUCAAAACCAGCUUCACUUUUUACAACUGCUUUUUUAAAGAAGAAUGGAAUAGAGGUACGUACCGUCAGCCAGGACUCUGGAUCAUACAUAUUCACAUACCCUAAAACGUAUACUUCCUACAUUGGUGCCGGUGUUUAUUUAUCGCAGCAUGCGACGUUUGCUCCAAAAUCAUGGUUAAAGCAUUUCUUGGAAGGAACAGUAUGGCUAGCAAGAAAUAGUAUUUUACCUAGUUUCCAGAAACACAUUUAUUUAACGAAGCUUUAUAUGUCAGUCUAUGAUGAUAAAGAGGAGGAAAAUGAACUACGAGCAAAUUUGGAAAAUGUAUUACUUCCAUUAAUGAAAGAAGAACUCCAAAAUCGAACUUUUUUUAGGGAAUUAUAUAACGAUAUUCCUGAAGUUGACAAUAGGUUUGAUUUCAUCUCGGACCAGUCUUUAGAAUCUACUGGAUUUUCCAAAAUUGUCUUUGAUUAUAAUGGAAUUAGAAGAACACUUUCUUUGACAGAAUUUUUAAGUCUCGCCGAUCCAAAUACGAAUAAUACCGCAGAAAUAAAUGGAGUGAAGUUAUCCGAUGUUCUCUUUCAUAAAUAUUACAGCGACGAAUGCUUGGAGGGUAUUCUAAAUCAUCAAAAUAAGGAACUUAUACAGGCAAACUCCCAACUAUUUUUGUCUCAGGAUGAUGCUGAGAAUCAAUGGAAUUAUCUAAUUAACCACCAGUACAAGGAUGGGUUGGUUCCUUUAAGUAUCGUCCAAUAUAUGUUUGCAAAAGUUGGAAAAUCUACCAAAAUUUACAAAAUGUUAAGGAAGGUCAUCGAGUCAGUUGAGUGUUUACGAAUCGAAUGUGAUGAAUUAUGUCACUCAUACGAACGCAUGGCACGGACAAUUGUCCCAAAUGAUUUGGAAUUUAGCAAUAAAUUGCAUAUUAGUGAGUUACAACUUCCUCUUUGUACGUUUGAUGUAAAUAAACUAAACAAACUGACAGUGAGUUUAAAGAAAUGUUCUAUUUAUUUUCCUGAGCUAUCCAGCAUUUUAGCGAUCUCAAGGAAAAUUGUUGUAUUUCAGUAUCAAGUCAGAAAAAUACUAGAAGCACCUAGUGUUGAGCUAUUGCGUGAGGCAUACCUUGCUUGCUUUACAAUCCCACUUGAAGAAGAUUAUGUUAGAGCAGUUAUUGCACAACUUUAUAGAAUGCAAUGGCUACAGAUCUAUGAGAAUGUUUUCGGUUGGGCUUCUAAACAAGAAGAAAAUCGCAAUUCCAAUACAUAUUCAAUACAAUCACUAGAAUCAUUCUUGGGUUUUGGACUAAAAUAUUGCUCCAAUUUCGAAGUUCAAAAACUGCGGAUAGUUAAAUCAAAGAUAACAGAAGUUAAAAAAGUAAAUGCAAGAGUCCUCAAAUUGAUAAAGGGUAAAAAGCCAGAUUCCAAAAUUAUGCUCAAAGAUUUAUAUGAUGUCAUGAAGACAAUCAAUACCAACACUUUCCCGGUAGAUGAGCUAAAUAUAGAACUAAUAAAGAAGAUUUUAGGUAAACUUGACGAAGUUAAACACAACAUUGACCCGUUAUGGAACAAACUUUCUAUUAAUGAAAACUUUGUGGAGAAUUUGUUGCCACUUAUCAGAGACAAUUCAAUGGAUGUAUUCCCCUUUUUGAAAAGAUUUAAUGGAUCAGAACAAGAUGAGAGAUUAGUAUACGCCGAUGUUAAAGAGCAUUAUGCUAUGAGAGAAGAACUUAAAGCUUCAAAAUUUUGGAGCAAUGAUUUGUUUAGGCAUCUUAGUCGAACAAAGCUAGAGAAAUUAGCAGAUGUGGUCACUAGGACUUUAGAUCUUACCUCAGAGAAUUAUAUCCCUCUUGAAGAAUGUCCAGAGAAACAAAGAGUAUAUUGCUUUUGUCGUGGAGGGGAUAUUGGGACUAUGAUACAGUGUGAACUAUGUCAGGAAUGGUAUCAUACAGCUUGUAUUAAUGGUGGAAAAUGGAAUGUUCCCGAUGAUCCGGAAACAAUAUUUAUCUGUUCACUUUGCAAUAGUGAAAAUCCUUCGUAUCUUUAUAGGCAGGAGGCAUUUAACUUUGGUGACAUGAAGAGGCUGAUUCUGGCGUCAAUAGGUUUGAAGAUAAGCCCUGGGAAACGGCUUUUGAAAAAUCUGUUCCUAAUAUUCGUAUAUGCUCUGAAAUUUAGAAAUGAGCUUCAAAAACUAUUUAUUGAUGGACAUGUUAAUCAACAGUUAUCAACUCACGAAGUGAAAUACUAUUUGAGGAAAGCUUUAGGAUCUGGGUGUAGUUUCCUAGACCUUACUGGUCCAUUACAAAGAUAUUGCUACCCUAAGGAUCAAAUAGCAUACCAGCAAUUGCGCAGUACUAAAACAAUUGUUACUGGCUAUGCUGAAAAUGAUGUCCCAAACGACAACACCGAAAGGUCGACUCCAACAGCAGUCGACCCCAGCCAGCACGUUGAAGAAAUGAGCUGA